AUGACUUGCCAAAUAGAGGGAACUGCAUUUAUCACAGGUGGUGCUUCAGGAAUUGGCAAAGCCACCGCCCUGGCCUUUGCAAAGAACGGCGUCAACGCAUUGGCUCUAGUCGACCUGAACUUGUCUCUUCUCGAGAACACUCGUCAGGAGCUCCAAGAUGCAUAUCCAGGAGUCCAUGUUGAGAUCUUCGAUGUCAAUGUCGCAAAUGAAGCAUCUGUUGACUCUGCUGUUCACAAGACUGUAGAAAGAUUCGGUGGCAUUGACAUUGGAGUCAACUGUGCCGGUAUUAGUGGAAACCCAACACCCACCGACCAGAUGACACUGGAAGAGUGGAAUAAGGUGAUUGCAAUUAAUCAGACCGGGUUAUGGCUCUGUCAAAGAGCUCUCAUUCGGCAGAUGCUCACUCAGGACUCGCGUGGUAUUCGCAACGGCCGUGGAGUGAUUGUCAAUGUUUCUUCCAUGUUUGGAGUUGGUGGUCCACCAGGGCCAUUUGCCAUUCCGCAUUACACUGCUGCGAAGCAUGCGGUAGUCGGGUUGACCAAAAUGGAUGCCAAAGCAUAUUCCCAUCGGGGGAUUCGCAUCAACGCUAUCUGUCCUGGCUUUGUCAAUACUCCUAUCAUCAAGGAGCAAAUUGAAUCUGGUUCAAUGGAUUCUCAAUUUCAAAUGACCCCUAUUGGUCGUCCUGCGCAGGUUGAGGAAAUUUCCGACGUCAUGUUAUUCCUCGCCUCGAAUAUGAGCAGUUACAUGUGUGGAGCAGCAUUGGUAGUCGACGGAGGAUUCACAGUUUAA